CAGGUUAAGAACUGCUACGAAAGACAAACGACCUACUCAGAUCGUAUGAGCUACCCGAUUCUUUCAAGCCGCUCAGUUCUUUCAGAUUGGGUUGAUAGUAAGCAAUAAUAAUAAAUUAUUAUUAUCCAAAUCGAAUAUAUCUUGGAUCGCUUUCUCGAACAACUUUAAUGUGAUGCGAAUGCACGUCGUCGUACGCAGUGAACGUAUUAAUUAGAUAUGUAUUAUACGUGAAUAUAAUCAUAUACAUAUCUCCAUCUUUGUUAAAAUAAAUCAAACGUUACCAAAUGUUUUACAGGAAAUGUCAUCGAAUUGUUACCAUCUAUACACCUCUAUUUUCUCGAAAUCAUCUCCAUACUUAACCAGUAAUGUGUGCAAAACAUAACCAAAACUUUAGAAUUAAUCCAUAAAAUUGAACCAAUUCUAUCAAAAUAAAAGGAUGAUUAAGCUUAAAUUCUGUCCCAGAAGCUUACACUACAAUUGCUACUGGUAACACUAACACUUAAUCUAAAGGGACAGUCGGCAACCAACGAACACAGGAAUUUCGAUAAACUAUAGAAUUUCGAUAUAACAAUACCUAACAAAGUACCAACAAGAAUAUAUUAGUUAAACGAACCUGAUAAUAGUCGAUAGAAGUCAACAAUACAAUGACUUAAUUGGCUAGAACGAAAUAGCUUCGCUAUCGUUUAAAGACGCGCGCAAAAUUAAAAUAUUGUAUGCCAAGGAAUUUGAUUUAAGCAACGAAUUUUUAAAGUUUGAUAUCUAAUGAUUGAUAUGUAUUAAUUUACAAUUUAGAUUUAAUUUAAACUCAUCUGUGAUUCAAGUCACUACUAUACUUAAUCGAUAAUGCCGCAUGUGACACAAGAACGGUCUAUUCUCUACCCAAUCUGUGUCUAUUACCUCGUCUGUGAUCUGUCAACAACUGUAGUUACCCAGUGAACCAAAGCGAUACAAACUUUGUGCAAUAGAUGGACCAUAUAUUAUGUCGAGUUUUAGAAUAACAAUAUCAAGUGUAAUUUGAAUUAGAAUUACUCGUGUCAUUGAGAAUAUGGAAAAAACUAAUGUAGCCGAUACAGAUAAUAUCAAAAAGACUUUAACUUUAGAGGAAGAGCAGAAAGUAAUUGAUAAGGCACCUUUUCAGCAUCUAAAAAUUACUAAUGCGCAAAUUUUGAAUACAAUAGAAGGUAGGAAGAUAUGUGAACGUUGUAAUAGAUCAAGAAAAUUUUUUUGUUAUUCAUGUUACAUACCUGUUAUUAGCAAGGAGUAUUUUCCAACAAUAAAGUUACCUAUUAAAAUCGAUAUCAUUAAACAUGCACGUGAAAUUGAUGGAAAAAGUACUGCAAUUCAUGCAGCUAUACUUGCUCCAGAAGAUGUGAGAAUUUUUACAUAUCCUAAUUUUCCAGAAAUAUUGAAUAAAGAAGAGACUGUUUUAAUUUUUCCUAGCCCUACGGGUAUACCUGUGGAUUCCUUAUUCAUAAAGAAAGUUGAAGAGGAUAAUAAAACAAUUACAAAGACAAUAAAGAAUGCAUUUCCUAUAAAAAAAGCUAUCUUUAUUGAUAGCACGUGGCAUCAAACAAAAACUAUUUAUAAUGAUCAACGAUUACGAGAUUUGAAAUGUAUCAUUUUAAAAUCAAGAAUAUCACAAUUUUGGCGUCAUCAAAAAAAGAGUCCACGAUGGUAUUUAGCCACAAUUGAGGCAAUUCAUCAGUUUUUAGUAGAAUUGCAUACAUGUGCAUUUGGUGCAAUACAAGGAUAUGCUAACAUAAAACAUACUGAAGAAAAUUCCACAAAUACAAUAUGUCAAAAUGUGAACGAGUUACCUGAAAUAGAUCAAAGAUAUAUAGGUCAAUACGAUGAUCUUUUAUAUUUUUUUAAAUAUAUGUAUGAGAAGAUUCAUACUAUGUAUGAUCAUGAUAAAUUAUUGGCAUAUAAGAGAUCAUUAAUAUAAUUCUGUGAUAAUAAAAAUUUUUAUAAGGAAAAAUAUUAAAUAUCUCAUAAUUCUAUUAAUAAAAAAGAUUAGCAUCA